AUGGUGUUCCGCCUCCCAACCCAUCUUGACAACUUCAUACCGCCUCCCGCUGCUCAAGCUCACAGCCACAUGUCUAGCAGACCGUGGAGAGGGACUCUUACUGUGCGCGGUAUGAGGUUGUCAGAUCCGGCGAGCAACCAGGAGAUUCGCGUCACCGCUGUUGAGACUGACGGUGAUAGCGAUGUAGCUAGAUGGCCGACCCACUUCUUUGCGCAUAUUGCUCACGGACGACCUAUCCAACGUCAAGUCCGUGAAUGGAUUCAACAGCAUGCGCCGCCCAUCUCUACAUUCAUGCCUGACCGUCAUCCUGACCCUGACUCGAAUGUUGUCAACGUUGCGACUUUUCGUUCGCUCUCGCGAAUGUUGUUCGAGCAACAACUUGUCGCGAUUGCCCCCUGGGGGACAGAUUCUUCUUUCACUGGCGGUGGACUCGUUAUUGUUCCUGCUGAACACUCUAGCGCGCUUUUAGUCGCAGCUCUCUUCUUUUCACAACUACCGGAAAUCAUAACUGGUCCUAGCUCUAGCUCCGCUCCUUUUCCACAGACCUUGACGCCCCUCGUCACGACUCGCCCACACGGGCAACACAAUCCCUUGGCUUACAACUUAUACAACCAGCCUGGCCCUAGCUCCGCCGGCACGACUGUCUCUUAUUCUCACUACCCUUCCCCGACUGCCUAUCGUUCUAGUCCGCUCCGUGAUGAUGGCUCCCGAAGCCCACCGGAUCGCGCAGAACAAAUGAUCAGCGCCACUGGACGCUACCGACCCCUGCUGCCGCCUGGAGCAGGUUACACUAGUACUGUGACUCCCAGCCCCCCGCAUACUGGCUAUACUUCUAGCCCUCCCCAGCAGCAUCAGAUGCAGCAUCAUCAGGCUGAUCCCAGCCAAUACGCACCGUACGGCGCUUACCCACCCCACAACGGCUAA